GCAAUGCGCGGUCCCUGGCCCCGGGAGGCGGCCGUCCUGGGGCCUUCGGGAUGGAGGUGAGAAAACGGCCGUGAGGAGUGCCUGCGCGGCCCCCUGCACCCCCAGCUGCCCACAGCACUCCCUGCCCCCCUCCCCCGCGGCGGCCAGCCUUGCCGUCCAGUGACAGCGGCCUGGGGGGGCAGGGGGGGAGGGGGCGGCCGGACCAGCGAUGCCGGCGGGCAUGACGAAGCAUGGCUCCCGCUCCACUAGCUCGCUGCCGCCGGAGCCCAUGGAGAUCGUGCGCAGCAAGGCGUGCUCCAGGCGCGUCCGCCUCAACGUCGGGGGGCUGGCGCACGAGGUUCUCUGGCGCACCCUGGACCGCCUGCCACGCACGCGGCUGGGCAAGCUCCGCGACUGCAACACUCACGACUCGCUGCUCGAGGUGUGCGACGACUACAGCCUCGACGACAACGAGUAUUUCUUUGACCGCCAUCCGGGCGCCUUCACCUCCAUCCUCAACUUCUACCGCACUGGACGGCUGCACAUGAUGGAGGAGAUGUGCGCGCUCAGCUUCAGCCAGGAGCUCGACUACUGGGGCAUCGAUGAAAUCUACCUGGAGUCCUGCUGCCAGGCGCGUUACCACCAGAAAAAGGAGCAGAUGAACGAGGAGCUCAAGCGAGAGGCAGAAACCCUCCGUGAGCGAGAGGGCGAGGAAUUCGAUAACACGUGUUGCGCCGAGAAGAGGAAGAAGCUCUGGGACCUGCUGGAGAAACCCAAUUCCUCUGUGGCUGCCAAGAUCCUUGCCAUAAUUUCCAUCAUGUUUAUCGUCCUCUCCACCAUUGCUCUGUCACUCAACACGCUGCCUGAGCUACAGAGCCUGGACGAGUUUGGCCAGACCACAGACAACCCCCAGCUCGCCCACGUGGAGGCUGUAUGCAUUGCCUGGUUCACCAUGGAGUACCUGCUGCGAUUCCUCUCCUCACCCAAGAAAUGGAAGUUCUUCAAGGGCCCGCUCAAUGCCAUUGACUUGUUGGCCAUCCUACCAUACUAUGUUACCAUCUUCCUCACUGAAUCCAACAAGAGUGUGCUGCAGUUCCAGAAUGUUCGCCGUGUGGUCCAGAUCUUCCGCAUCAUGCGUAUUCUCCGCAUCCUUAAGCUAGCACGCCACUCUACUGGCCUCCAGUCCUUGGGCUUCACCCUACGGAGGAGUUACAAUGAACUAGGCUUGCUCAUCCUCUUCCUCGCCAUGGGCAUCAUGAUCUUCUCCAGCCUUGUCUUCUUUGCUGAGAAAGAUGAGGAUGACACCAAGUUCAAAAGCAUUCCAGCCUCUUUCUGGUGGGCCACCAUCACCAUGACAACCGUUGGGUAUGGAGACAUCUACCCCAAGACUCUCUUAGGGAAAAUUGUGGGGGGACUCUGCUGCAUUGCAGGGGUCCUGGUGAUUGCUCUUCCCAUCCCCAUCAUUGUCAAUAACUUCUCUGAGUUCUACAAGGAGCAGAAGAGGCAAGAAAAAGCAAUCAAGCGGAGGGAGGCACUGGAGAGAGCCAAGAGAAAUGGUAGCAUCGUAUCCAUGAAUAUGAAGGAUGCUUUUGCCCGAAGCAUCGAAAUGAUGGACAUUGUGGUGGAGAAAAAUGGAGACAAUAUGGGUAAGAAGGAAAAAGUGCAGGAUAACCACUUGUCUCCCAACAAAUGGAAAUGGACAAAGAGGACACUGUCGGAAACAAGCUCAAGUAAGUCGUUUGAAACCAAGGAGCAAGGAUCCCCUGAGAAGGCCAGAUCAUCUUCCAGUCCUCAGCACCUAAAUGUCCAGCAGCUGGAAGACAUGUACAAUAAGAUGGCCAAGACCCAAUCUCAACCCAUCCUCAAUACCAAGGAGUCAGCAACACAGAGCAAACCAAAGGAAGAACUUGAAAUGGACAGCAUCCCCAGCCCCAUCGCCCCUCUGCCCGCUCGCACAGAAGGGGUCAUUGACAUGCGGAGCAUGUCGAGCAUCGACAGCUUCAUCAGCUGCGCCACAGACUUUCCUGAAGGCACCAAAUUCUCCCAUAGCCCUCUGGCAUCCCUGCCCAGCAAGACUGGGAGCAGGAUGGCCCCAGAGGUAGGCUGGCAGGGAGCUCUGGGCACCAGUGGUGGUCGGUUCGUGGAGGCCAACCCCAUCCCCGAGACCAGUCAUCACUCUGCUUUCCUCAUCGAGAGCCCCAAGAGUUCGAUGAAGACUAACAACCCCUUGAAGCUCCGUGCACUUAAAGUCAAUUUCAUGGAGGGUGAUCCCAGCCCACUGGUCCCCGUUCUGGGGAUGUACCACGACCCUCUUAGGAACCGGGGGGGUGCUGCAGCUGCUGUUGCUGGACUGGAGUGUGCCACACUCUUGGAUAGGCCUGUGCUGAGCCCAGAAUCCUCCAUCUAUACCACAGCAAGUGCUAGGACACCCCCCCGGUCACCUGAGAAACACACAGCAAUAGCGUUCAACUUCGAAGCAGGUAUCCACCAGUACAUUGACGCGGACACAGAUGACGAGGGGCAGGUGCUCUAUAGUGUGGACUCCAGCCCUCCCAAGAGCCUCCAUGGGAGUGCCAGUCCCAAGUUCACCGUUGGGACAAGAUCAGAGAAGAACCACUUUGAAAGUUCCCCCUUGCCCACCUCCCCUAAGUUCUUAAGGCAGAACUGUAUUUAUUCGACAGAAGCAUUGACUGGAAAAGGCCCCAGUGGGCAGGAAAAGUGCAAACUCGAGAACCACAUCUCCCCCGAUGUCCGUGUGUUGCCGGGGGGAGGAGCCCAUGGAAGCACACGAGAUCAGGGCAUCUGAGCUCCCCGACAUGGUGGAGAGACUCGUGGCGAGGUCCAGCGAGGAAUGCUGUUCAGCUCACCUGCCACAGAGCUUUUCUGCAUGAACUCUGAAACAGAAAGGCUCUGCCAAGCCCCCAGAAAGGAGAGAGACUCCAAAGAAGGCUCCCCAAAACCUUGAGAGCCAGGACAGGUCCACCAGAAUGAAGUUGGCCAAAUCACCGGAUAUGGCGCCUCCUUGUAACAACUCUACUGCCCUCCUUGGGAGAUGACCCGAGUAGGACUCCCAGCCACCACUACCACAUGCUACACAUAACCACCUGCACCCCAUUCUUUUCUCAUGGCUCGCCACCACAGGCUCAGUGGGUAACGUCUCCACCCCUUCUGGCUUCAGCUGGAGAAAGACACAGGAACAAAUGGCUGGGUUGAAAGUGUGGGUUGACCGAUCGGUAUUGAGUGUUGCCUGGAUGCCUCUAGGAACUCUUACCCAUCACCUCCUGGGUUGAACCCACUAUCGGAUGGCUCCAGGGAACACUUGCGUCUUGGGGAAAUUUUUACGCCAUAAGCCACGAUCCCAGUUCACAGCCCUUAUUGCUCAAAUGUCUUCAUUGACUUCAGUAUUCCGUGGUUGCAGAGAUUUUAUUUUGAGAUAUCACCAGGGUGAGUUGCACCACGUGUUCUCGAUUCAAAUUGCCCCCUGGCAAUCUGGGCAGGGUUCAGAAGGUGGGCACUCCGCAGGCAGUAUGAAUUCUGAGCACUGUUUUAGGACUGUAGGAGGAAGACACUUUCUGUACAUCGCUAGUGUAGACUCAAAAGAUAUGCAAGUGUCAAAUAUGCAAAAGAUAUAGCUUAUUCAAAGAGACUGUAUGUUCCUGAAGAACAGAAUAAAAUCCGAUUUAUUUUUACCUGCAAAAACAAAAGGAGAAAAGAAAUCCCCAACGGCAAUGCCCAGUUCAGACUUUUGAACACUGCCUGCGGUGGCAGGGAAAGCAUCUACUAUAAUAGAAAUUCUUUUUUGUUUCUGUGGUAUUCAAGUUUAAACAAAAAGUAAAAAUAAAAAAGCACUUUAUGUUUUUCAAAAUAGGUUCUACCAGGGACAGUGUCAACAUCUUGCACUUUAAAACAAGCUCUAUUUCCCGGGGGCCACUCGUUGGAGCUGCAGAUAGGUGGUCGCUGUGUGCCCGUGUGGGCCACGUGGGGAUGCUUUGCUGUAUCGCUGCCCGCCAUUCAGAGUCUCCUUCCCUGCCCCGUGAAGCUUCCCGUAAGCCCCUUGCAUCAGGAAGAGUACCUGGCCCUUGAAGGGGGCCGCUCAUACAGUCCCGUGUACAGGAACAUCUCAGCAGACUGCAGUAGACGGUUGGGUGUUUUACUGUUCUCUUUCUUGUCAACCAGCUGUUGGUGUGUGUUCAGUGUCACUGUCUGUACUGCAAGCUCAGCUCUCCUUUCUGCAGCCAUCAAUGCAGCCAGUACAGACAAAAGCAAUAAGUAUCCGUGUGCAUCAUGAGUGGUGCGAGCGUUGGUCCUCCCAUCCGAGCGUGGUGACUGGUGUUGGGCUGCCUGAUUUCAGUCCAGCGGCACAAUCCCCAGUUGAGUGACUUCGGGUUGAGCCACUGGUGAGCCCGAGGCUGUGCUGUGGGCUCAUCUGUCAGUAGAGCUGGCACAUUCUUGAUCUGCCUGUCUUUAGCACAAUGGAACGAAGUCAUUCUCUUAAUACAAUGUUGAUGGAGGAUGUCCCGAGGACGGUAGUGUAGACGUGUUGAUCCUCGACAGUGACAGGCAUAUGUGUGCCUGACGGAACAAAACAUGGUUGGAUUCGCCUGUUCUUCAUCCCAUAUGUUGUCGGUCUGCCUGUUAGUGCCACCACCAGUAGGUUCAUGAUUAUCACCAAGUCACUCUGCCCACCCUCGUCCCGUGGCAAGAGGCUGGGCCAGCUGUCACGGGUGUGAUGACGGGAGUCCUUCCACCCCCUUCCAAUGCUCUGCUGCCUACCCGUCCUCUUCAUCCUGCUUGUCAGUGUCACGCAGGAUCUCAGAUCCCACCGAGGGCGACAUGAGCGCCAAGUAGGUCAAUUCUUUGGAGGGAUCUUCAGGUCACUCUCUCAUGGCAAAUGCAAAGGGACUUAGGAGGCAGGAACAGCGUGAGGUCAUCCUGGCUGAGUGGCACCCGAGAGGGAACAGCAGCACCUCUGGGCACUUGGCUGAGCACACAGCCCAGGCCGGGGUCCACGAGGAGUGGCCAGGAGUCAGUUCUUCCCAGGCCGCUCCUGUGUCUCAUUCGUUUUCAUCACCAUUUCCAUCCACCAUCAGCACAAAUGUGACAAUUCAGGGAAAACAAAUGCUUUUUGAUAAAAGUCAAUAGUUGUGAUUUCCAAUUCAGAUAUUUUUAGAGCUGACGCUAUCUGUAAAAAUUAAUAAUAAUAAUAAUAUAGUCUAUUUUACAUAUCAGGAAAGUGAACAUGUUUAAAUAUAGCCAUAUCUAUUAAGAAGGAACUCACCACCCCUUCUUCAAAUCGAAGCAUUUCAUUUGUUGGUUGAAGCAGACAAGAAGUGUACAGAUUGGAAAUGAUUUCGUUCGUUCUUUCUUUCUUUUGUUUAAACAAUAACCAAUUGGUGCAACUCUCCUUGUAACCAAAGGCCCUUUCUGCCUUGUGUGGUCAUGGGACCUCGCCCUUCAGUCCUCAUGUAUUUUUGUCUGACCUUAAAGUAGCAUUUCACUGAGUCACUUUUGAAGGACGAAUUCAGAAGUAUCAUUGAGAACCUACCUUUCAGGCUUAAUAGCCAGAGUCCUAUAGAGUUCUUAUAGAAACAGAAUAAUUGAAACUCAGCAUAUACUAUGCUUCGAAAGUGUCGUGUUUUGUUUCGGCUUCUUCUUUUACUUGUGUAUGUGUCAUGGGAAAAUAGCUUUUACUCUGUGCCCCUUCCAAACAGAAUAUUCUAAAUUUUCCCAGGCCCCCACCUGCCAAAAAGGAACCUACCCAGAUCUUUACCAUGUAAACGCCCUUCCUGGACAUGUUCCGGGGACAUCUCCCCGAGAGUCUCCCCGAGACGCUAAGCUUGAAGCUGAAGAAGAAGAAGAAGAAGAAGAAAGCCACAGUUUGGAGGCAAAUGCUGCUUUAACUUGGUAGUCCAUGGCCCACCCAUUCCUGAACCAGCGAAAGCAGAAAAAAAACACAAGUCCACCCAAAGAAACAGAAGGGGACGUUAGUGGCAGAGUCACGCUCCGUCCCUGGGACGAAUCCAGUGAAGCUCCUUGGGCCCGACCUGAGUUCAAGUCCCGCUAUUACCAGAAAGGACAAGGAGCCGGGGGACUUCUGUAUUCUGACCACAAGGCAGAGAGUGUGAGCAGCAGAGAGAGGUGGGCACACUGUGGAAAGACACUGUCUCCACCCUUUCAUCUUGGGGUGAAGGAAAAAACCACAGGGCUUCGGUUCAGUCGACUUCUCAGUGCCUUCGUUAGGGAUUUUAUCUUAAGAUCUUAAGCACACUUCCUGGGGAAAGAUGAAAGAGGAGAGCACAUUUGUGCCCAUGAAGCCCCUUCCUAAAAGCAUCGGGGGUCAAGAAAGAAGCAGCAGCAGGGGGAAAGAGCAAAACCCUGAGGAGGCCGCUCUGCACAGCCCACCCAGCCCUGGAGACCGCUGACGACACCGACGUCUUCACACCGACUCAGCUUCUCCUCCAUUGCGUCUCUGUAACUGCAGCCUCAUCCCUGCCCUCUCUCCUCUUCGGAUCCACACUUCUAAGGAGAAGAAACAAAACAGUAUUCUCUUCUGUAAGUCAGUGAUGCGACAUUGAUGUUUGCUAUCCAGCGUUUAUUUCUGUCUUGUUCGAAGUCAUGGCUGGAGUGUCUGGACACGGAAAGAUUUAAGUUCACCACAGACAAGGGUCGCUAAAGCCAGGUCUCUAUCUCAUAGUUUCCUUCUUUCUCUGUCAACGUGUCCUAAGUAGUAGAACCCCGACUGCAGCCUCCAGUCACAUAACUUGGAAUUGAAUGAGCGCAUGCUCACACGCUUCCAGACCCGCUCUCUGGAAAAGGACUUUCUGUGGCUUCGAAGUUGGCAGGAGAGCGGAAGGGGCUCUUCGGAGCCCCCUAACAGGCCAGCCGAGACCCUUCAGCCCUGAGCUGAGGCUUCCUCGCCUCUCACUAUUUACAUGACAGCAUCCGAAUGCGUUCACUCAGCCAGGGGGACCCAAACCAGCCCUGACGACACCCAGAAAUAAGAGUUACCUCUGCAUUUUCUGUUGCCAUUUUUCUGGCUCUAGAACUAUCAGAUGCGUGACUAUGUCACAUGAUAUCCACGCAUCUCAGAAUAGUCUAUUUUUCUGUUUAGAUACAAUAUAAAUCUAUGUAUUUUUAGCAAAUUUAUAAUAGGGCAUUGAGUCUAAUUUCUUCUUUUGUAAUACAGAAUAACAUCUUAGGAGUUUUAUUGUUGGUCAUGCUCAUAGCUGAUCCAGUCUGGUCCUUUUCAUUUUUUCCUAUCGCCCCUUGAGCUGGUUUUUCUCCUCUUGCUUUUGAUUCUGAUAUUCAGGACAUGGGGAAAACUUGGGGGUUUGCCUCCCGCGGGCAGCUGUUUGCUGACCCUCGGCCUAGCAUCUGCUGACACUGUCCCCUUGCUUGUUCCGUUUGUGUGUUUCUCCUGUUUGUUGCUCUAAGUAUCCAGGGCUCAGAUGCAGGAGCGGGACCAGCGGCAUGGGCUCUGGAAAUCAGGUUAGCACGGGGCCUGCUCAGUGCCUCCCCUACACCUCCCUUGGCCUGUAGGGGGCUGACUUUUCUCAUCCCCAGAGAUCUCAAAACCAUGGAAGCAAACGCCACCCCCCCACCCCCACCCCAGGCCUGCAUUUCGGAGGUCUGAAACACACCCGAGCCGCUCUCUGCUGGCCCAGCAGCCACCGCCCUGUGACACCAACUGACCCUGAAAUCCGGAGCACUUCAAGUUCUUGCAAACCUGGUAGAACAUGCUGACCUCAGAUCUCAUCAACUUUUCAUCCAUUCCUCAUUUCGGUCCAUUUCCAACAACCUCACCAAAGCCCUGUGCAAAUAGAGACGCACGCAGGGGCUGCAGGACGUUUCCAGCUUCCACCACUCCUGGCCUCAGGGGGUGUCUGGACCGUCCUGAUAAUUAAUUCCAGCAGGCAUUUUCCAGCCUUGGAUGGGCAGAGGAGACCUCGUGGAGCAGGAUCUCAGCAGAAAGGGAGUCUCCAUCCAUCAACUCAUGCAGGAGGGGGAAGAUAGGCCAGACAACCUCCUGCUUGCACUCACUUAGGGGUUUGAUCUCCUCUGCCUCCCUGUCAGUGUCAGAGCUCUGGCUUCUGUCCAGGUCAAACACAGGCACUAAGUGUGAACCCCCAGAUGGCAAUGAACCGUCCCCAUGGAUCCACCCCAGGAGGAAACCAACCCAAGUAUGAAUUUAUUAUUCAGAACCAAGACCCCAAUCCUAUUUCUCCCACCCCCAAAUUCCUGGUAAUCUGGUUGAAGCAGAGCCAAAAACAAGCAAGAUUUUUUUAAUUUAACUUUUGCACAAGAACAACAUGAAAAAUUGUCUCCCAGUAACUUGCGAGGUCUGCUGCCCAGAUUAGCAAACGCCCUUGCUUGUCUGUGUCUGUUUUUAUCUAGAAAGAAUGUAUCGUUUGGGUUUCUAUCCACUCCCUCCGAUACAAUCUUCACCUGGAAUUUCUCCUGAAAGCCCCAAAUUGCCAACCUGAAGAAGCAGAUUUUGAAGGAGCUCUGUUCUUUACACCACCUCUCACCUUUUCCCUAACUCUCCAUUCUUCCUUGCAAAGAUAUGAAGCCACCCACAAUGGGGUGGAGUGGGGGCAGUUCACAUGCAGAAGAAACCAGCUGCCUGCAAGUUUCAGGAAGCUUUUUCAUGUGAGACAAGUAGAGAGUCCAUUUCAGCACAAAGUAAGGAAGCACUUCUGAGGGGGCCCGCCUUGCCAUGGAACGUGCUGCCAUGUUAGUAACAGGCUCCCUGGCUGGCACCCCUGGUAUGUAGAGAGAGACUGGAGGUGUAGGAAGUGGACGUUACAGAGGAAGCUUGGCUUUGCAUACAGCUGGACUAACAACCAGGGAAAUCCUCUCAUGGUCUCGCUCAUUCUGUUGUGGUGUGUCUGUGUGUGUGUGCGUGCGUGUAUGUUGAACAUCUAGGCACAGAUGUAAGCCCCUGAAGCAAAGGCAGGGACAUAGUUAACAGGAACUCAAAUUCUAAGAUCUGGAGUGUUCAGAGGGGGUGUCAUAGAGGAAGCUGGCUGCAGACACCCCUCUCCAUCUGUCCCUCAUCCUGAACACUUUAAAUGGACCUUUGACCACCUAAUAAACCCACCCCUUAUGUCCUAGCAGGAGCCACACUGGGUGGGAUGAGGCGCAUGUCACCCUCCCCCAGGCCAGCCAAGGAGCCUUCCUGUCUCUGGAUGGCCAUCUCACGGUGCUUCGGCCCUUCUGCCAGACCCUGUACCCUCACAGGCCCGAUGCUUUCUGUACAAGAGACACAAUUACCUUUUCCUCACAAGCCAGCUGCCUAAUGAACAAACUGCCUGGGCACUAGCAAAUUGCACUGUUUCCAAAGGGCUUUUUUUUCUGGCAAAUAAAAAAGGAAACCCACUCAAGACCUUGGUAAGUCUCCAGCCAGUGAAAUAAGUUCAGAAGAGCCCAAAGAGGGGUGGCUGAGUUUGAUAGCAAAACAAGGCUUUGGCUGCCCCAGGAAGAUGCUGGCCCCUCGGCCACAUCUCCAGCUCCUUCCCGAGUAGGCCUAGACACUGCAUUCCCCAAGGGAAGCAUUUGACAAAAUAGGUUCUAAUGGUCCCCCCAAAAGUGUUUGGUGGGUUUGAAGUAGGUGACACUAUCCUCAGAGUGACCCCAAGUCCAGACAAUUGCAGGUUGUUUCACUACAAUGAUAGAUUUGGAUGGAGAGACUGAGCAGCUGACUUCCUCCAGCACCAAAACAAAACAGAAACCCAGUUUCCAAAUCUUCCUGCGAUGGUCUGUCCUGCAGGAAUAGCCCAAGUCAGUGACUGUCCUAACGAGGCGAUUCUGGGAAAGGUGGUAACUCCCAGCUCUGGUCGCUCUCACCAGUGGUGCAUGGUGCCUGUUCUCCCCGCCCCCCCUGAGCUACUCCAGGUUGGAGAGAAACAGGAAAGACAGAAGACGCCCAAAGGAUGUGGGCUUCCCCAAGAAGCCAGGGGUGUUCACCAGGGUUUGGGGCUUUCUCUAGCCAUGCUUGGCAUUUUAAGCCGGCAUGGUACAUGGUGGGUGGGGAAGAGGAAGGUCAGCAGCUGCUGGACUUGGCAGCUGGUCCCUUUGCUGUCCAGUCCUAACCAAGGUCAAGGGCUGGGAACAUUAGUCAGUGUACCAGAAACUCAGGGUUAUCCCCCAGUACAUAUGCCUUGGCACAUCGCGUUCGCCUAACCUGUGUUGCUUUGAGUGAGUAACUGCAAAUGUUUAACCACUGAGUGAGGAAAUGGAUGAGUGAAUGUGUGAAUGAACAGGGGAGCUCACUAGUUCUUACAAGGCCUGAGUUCUGGGUAAUUAGAGUGAGGGGAAAUGGGGCACCCCUCCCACGGAAGCCUAUAACAGCCAAGGCUGUCUUGGGCUCAUUCUGGACCCAAGAGCUCAUCCAGAUCUGACACUUGUCCACCCUAAGGCCACCACCUUCUCAAAGCUACCCUUACAGGGGGCUUUGGGGGUGCCCUUCUUCCUACUCUCCUACCCUACAUUUUCAGCCUCAUGUUCCAGUGUAGCUCACAUGGACCCCGUGGGGAGACCACAAAGUGGCUUUCCAGUGGCCAAAGCCAAGGGUCUGAAGUAAGGUUUCUCCUGGUCUGGGAACUGCUAGGGCAGGAAUGCAGGAGCUGGCAUGUGAAGCUGGAUCGCGUUCCCUAAGCCGUGGGAGUCCAGCUGGAACAGAGCCAGCCUGCCCUCUGGCUUUUAGAAUCCUCGGCAUUCCUUUUUUUCUGAGCCCCAGUCCCCUCCGUGGUAGCAUGCGCUCAAGUCCUAUGAGCUGAGGUCCUCUGUCUCUCCCAGGAGCCCACAGUGUGAGGUUGGGGCUUUUCUGCCAGCCAAGCCAUUCUGAUCGCCCCACCCAUGACGGGGGCCAAGCCAAUCACAUUAGCCAUAAAUGACCAAUGUCCUUAGUCACUCUUUUCUUCGGGUCACAUUCGUGGGUCCUGUUCACCUCUGGUCAGUUCAUGUCUCUAGUCCUUCUUGUAAAGGUGAAAAUGAGCAUUGUGUACACACACACACACACACACGCACGCACACACACACACAUGCACACACACA